CAGGCCUUGACCUUUUUGCUGCCCUCCUCCAUCUCAAUUCUCUAGUGCUAUAUAUAUGUAUAAUAUAUUAUAUGCAUAUCCCAAAACCCAAACCGCCUCAUAGAUACAACCUAUAUUCCCACCUCCCAAUUACUGUUUCAAACCCAAAGCAAGCAAGGUAUAGCCAGCUUAAUUAAUUUACAUUGUCAAUUUGAAGCUAGCUGGCUAACAGAAACCAUGGUAGCCGUACGUGUGAAGCAGGCAGUAGCGGUACUAGUUAAAAGGGCUGCAGUGCUGCUCUUCUUCUUCCUAAUUAGCGGCUGCGCCACCACCACCGCCACCGCUACCUCCACCAUCCGCAGUACUAUUACUUACCCAGAGUUUCAGGAGUUGAACGUAAACGAAACCAUCGCGGGGACCAAAAUGAAUAUCGGGCCACCUACGGCAGCUGCACGCAACGUCACAAGCAGCAGCAGCAGCAGCCCCACCACCACUGCCAGUACUAGCGAUAGUGGGGGAGGAGGAGGAGGAAAAUGGAAGGUGAAGGUGGUUCACAGAGACACGAUAUCAUUACAAUCUUACCGGAACGGCGGCGGCCAUACCCAUACCCACCUUUUCCAUGCACGCAUGAAAAGGGAUGCAAAGAGGGUUGCUAGCCUUAUGCGGCGCCUAAGUCAUCGUAUAAGCAGCAGCAGCAACAGCAGCACCAUUGAUGAGGAGGAGAAGGAGGAGGAGAAGGGUUUCGGGUCGGAAGUGGUGUCGGGUAUGGAGCAAGGGAGUGGAGAAUACUUCGUUCGGAUCGGAGUGGGGAGCCCUCCAAGAAGCCAAUACAUAGUGAUUGACUCCGGAAGUGAUAUCGUUUGGGUCCAGUGUCAACCUUGUAGCCAGUGUUACCACCAGUCCGAUCCGAUCUUUGACCCAGCCCAUUCUGCUUCUUAUAUGGGGGUCUCCUGCAGCUCCUCAGUCUGCGGCCACCUCCAGAACCCUGGCUGCCAUGCGGGUCGAUGCCGCUACGAGGCCUCCUACGGGGACGGGUCCUAUACGGAGGGCACGCUUGCCCUCGAGACUCUUACGUUGGGGAGCACCCUCAUCCAGAACGUGGCCAUCGGCUGCGGCCAUAUGAACCGGGGCAUGUUUGUGGGAGCCGCUGGUCUUUUGGGGCUUGGGGGUGGGCCCAUGUCUUUUGUGGGUCAGCUCGCCGGCCAGACCGGCGGUGCUUUCACUUACUGCUUAGUCAGCCGGGGCCGCCGCAGUGGUACUGCUAGUGACACUGACGACGCAGCAGCAGCAAGCGAAUUGGGCAGCGGAGGAGGAGGGUCUAUUGAGUUCGGGCGUGAGGCGAUGCCCGUGGGUGCUGCAUGGGUCCCUCUGAUCCGGAACCCACGGGCCCCGAGUUUUUAUUUUGUGGGGCUUGCGGGUCUUGGGGUUGGAGGGAUGCGGGUGCCCAUAUCGGAAGACAUAUUCGGGCAAAGCGAAGGAGGGGUUGUGAUGGACACGGGCACCGCCGUCACAAGGUUCCCGACGGUGGCUUAUGAGGCGUUCCGGGACAGUUUUGUUCAGCAGACCGCCAACCUCCCUCGCCUCUCCUCCGGAGUCUCCAUCUUUGACACUUGCUACGACCUCAACGGUUUCGUGUCGGUUCGGGUGCCAACCGUUUCGUUUUAUUUCUCGGGUGCGGGUGGACCCAUCCUGACCCUUCCGGCCAGCAAUUUUCUAAUUCCGGUGGAUGACAAGGGCAGUUUUUGCUUUGCAUUUGCUCCUUCCCCAUCCGGGCUUUCCAUAAUAGGCAACAUUCAGCAAGAGGGCAUCCAGAUUUCAUUCGAUGGAGCCAAUGGUUUUGUGGGAUUCGGACCCAAUGUCUGCUAAAUAUUACAUUACGGUACCUAGCUAUUAAUACAUAUUCUGGUAAUUAAUAUUUCCAGUUGAGUAGAUUAUAUUAUAGAUGAUAGAUAGCCAUUCUCUUUUAUUUAGUUAAACCGUGAAGUAGGUUGGUGAAGAACUUACUAGAAUAUAUAUAUAUAUAUAUAUAUAUGUAUGUAUUUGACAUCAUGGAGGGAUGGCUUUUGUCCGUGUGUGAAUGUGAAUGUAUGACAAAUGUAAUAGUAAUAUUCUUAUGGACCAG